AUGGGUCCUUGCCGUGCAAAGGCUGCCAAAGUUAUUCCGUGCAGGACAGAUGUGGCUACCGGAAGCGAUAUAGGCGAACAAAUCCGUCUUGGACUGGAGGCGGUGGAUUCCCGAAAUGCGUUGCUGAGGCAGCUUUUACCAGCGAUCGAUUUCAGCAAGGUGCCAGGAUUAUCUAGGAGACACAUUGUCAGCCUUAUCAGUGACGAGAGAGAUGAAACGUCCACGUCACCACCUCUGGACAGUGAUAUAGCCAAUGAGAACAUAUCAGCGGCCCCAAGUUUUGGAGAGCUUGAACAGGCGGAUCAUGAGUGGAACGUAAUUCCAGACGGGAAGGAUUCCGAACCGCUUGUUGGAGAUGCCAUAAAUGGUCUCACCCUCGAGAAAUCAACUAUACGUCCGGGAAACUUUUCAAACGCUGCUGUACUAUGCGCUCUGUUCACACUAUGUCCGAAAGCAAAAAAGAGGUUCUUCACCUUAAGCAGGUCAUUUUCACAGAAGCAUAACCCGACCCCACCAAAGCCGGACCCGACGAAUGGCUCUCAACAAGCUGCCUAUGGCGAGAAUUCGCUAUUACCAUCCUCACUAUCUACUCAGCAGGCCAUUGUUGAUGGAUAUUUUGGGCAUUUUCACGCAAUAAUGCCGAUCCUUGAUGAAGCUCUAUUCCGAACCACUCUCUCAAGUCAAGAACGAACAGAUGAUGCCUGGAAAGCCUUGUCAAAUGUGGUAUAUGCUCUGGGUUCUAUUGCGACGGGAGACGAUGAGUUCCAUUUCUUCUACUACACUCGUGCGCGUGAGGCCAUCAAUUACCAGACUUUGACCUCAGGGAGCCUCGAAAUGCUCCAAGCUCUAAUUCUUCUUGGAGGAGUUUACCUACACUAUAUUAAUUCACCAAAUACCGCAUACUUGAUUUUGGGGACAGCAUUCCGAAUGGCUAUAUUAAUGGGCAUUCACAGGGAAACACCAAAAAAGACAAUCCCUGGGUCAGAGUCUCGAGCCGAGGUCAGGAGUCGAAUAUGGUGGAGUCUGGUGUCCGCCGACUCCUGGCAAGGAAUGCUGUUAGAUCGACCAAAAUUUAUCAAAUGCGACGCCUUCUUACUACCUUUGCCUCAGCUUCCGAAGCAUGCUCAUGCUUGCACUCAGACUGCAGCCGCAAGGGAGACCCACAAUAAUGACCUGACACUCGAAGACUGUUACCGGAUGUCAAUCCGAAGUAAGGCCGAAUUUUGCAUGAUUUUGAACAAGCUGCAAGACCGAAUGGCUCAACUAUCUCCACUAACCGCUUCGGAGGUCUUAUCUUUCGAGGAUGGGCUCCAAAUAUGGAACAGGAUGGAUUGUUUCAGCCAAGCAGAGGUCGACGAGUGGGUACAGAGCCUCGAAAGAGCAAUUCACACUUUCAAGGAUAUGACCCCUUACAAGAGACCAGUAGAUCGUUAUGGCGAAGUUGUCGAGGUACUGUACAAAGUUAUCCUGGUUCCUAACCAAGAAGGAGAAGAUGACGCGUACGGAGAAGAAGGCUCGGAAUCAAUUGAAAGUACCGGGUUGGAAAUGGAAAAUUUAAUGUGCAUGUUCCAAUCAAACAUGACUACACCGACUCUGCCAGCAGAUUGGUUUGACCAUGAUUUUGGAUUUGGUGACGAGAGUGCAGCCAAUUAUUAUCCGCUGCCGGAUUUCUGA